AUGCCCGAGGCAGUCCCGAUCGAGACCAGACUGGAAGGCUUCUUCCGCUCAGUGCUUCAUCACCUGUUACAAAGUUCUAGACUUGGUAGUGACGAGGCAUUAGAGGCUUGGAAGCGAAAGUCGAGCUCGACAAGGUCUGGCUGGGGAUGGACAGCAGAAGACCUUCAGAAAAUGUUCCUGGCAUGGAUGUUGGGCUCGACUGUUGAUAUCACAAUGUUCAUCGACGCGUUCGACAAGUGUGAAUCAACACUCGCGGCAUGCAAUCUUAUGGACCUGCUGUCUAAAUUGAAGGAACAUCGCGACAUCGGCCAAUAUCUAUCGCGGCCGAGGUUUUGCAUCUCCAGACGUCGUUACCCAAACGUCGGCACAUCCCAACCAUUGCAGAUCGUCGUCGAAAGAGUGAACGAGGCAGACAUUAUGAAAUAUGUCGACAGUUCCUUGCAGACCCCGACAGGCGAUCUUCAUGGCCUUUCACGGAGGAUCACAUCUCGUUCGCAAGGCAUAUUUUUAUGGGCUUUUCUUGCCAUUCAAAAAGACAAAGAGAUUCAAGAGGAUGGAGAGUCGCCUAACAGACUUCAAGGAUUAUCGAUCAUGUGCCUCAGCGUCUGGAAGAAUUAUUCCAGAAUCUCGUGGACUCUGUACCACGAGAGGAACCCGAACGCUGCAAGCUCAUGA